UAAAGGGAGUUCUCUUUCUACCAUACUUUAUCAUCCUUCUACGUUCCAUCCGCUUGAAGUCAACGAUACUCUUUUUCAACUCAAAACGCUUUCAUCCGCCUUUUUCGACUAGGUGAGACUUCACAACCAGAGAAUGACAGCUCAAGCAACUGCUCCUGCAGCUUCAGGUCACAGCAUGGGCGAAGAAGUCUCAACGUCUUCACCCUACAGCGUUCAUGGAGGAGGACCUUCUUCUUCAACGCCUGUUUCUCACAAUUUUAACAUCGAUUCUUUUGAUUUCGGCGCCGACUUUUCCUUGCCAUCAAGCUUGGAUGAUUUAGCAAUCUUUCAUAAUCACAACGGUACCGUAAAUGUACAGAACAAUUCUUCAGCCAGUCAAGCAGGAGGUAGUCAGGCUUCUCCCGUUCAAGGCACAUCUUUCGGCCAUGGUCAAAAGCCGUCUAUUUCUCGUUCAAAAUCUCACAAUGUGAAUGCAGGCGGUAAUCGAUCAUCAAACAAUAGCGUUGCCGGAAGUCCAAGAAGCAAUCAAUAUUCAUCGCCUAGAAUAUCUAUGCGUGAACAAGUUUUGCAACAAGCAGCCACCAAUAGCCGUCAUGAAAGCCCACAUGCUUUUCCUACGAUGAACCAUACUGAUGGCACUGAUCUUACCGGUGCAUCCUCUGGUAUCUCUGUCAACGGUGGUGGCAGUACUGAUGGCAGCAAUGGUAGUCAUGGCGGAGGUGGUAAUGCAAUGGGAUAUGACUCAGGCUUGUCUUUAGAUCCGAAUGAUUUGCAAGGCCUUUUGCAAUCGAUCAAUGCUUCCAGUCUUUCCCAACAAGAGCAUCAACAACAAAUUCAAGACGGUAAUUUGUCCAUUGGCGAAUUACAAAAGCUAUUGACAGAGAAAGAACAAAUGGAGCGCGCUCAAAGUAUUCAAACCGCUUUCCUUCGACAACAAUUGGAAGCAUUGCAGAGACAAUCCACCAAUCCUCACAACGAUGGAAGUUCUCAUCAACAACAAUCGCAAGCCAUGGCCGCGGGUGCAUUGAGCGCAUCUCAGUUGAUGCAACAAUUCCAACAAUUAUCAUCUCAGCAACAACCGUCACCUCAAAACAGAGGGAACCAAAUCUUCUCUCCGCCGUUUCCGCAAUUAUCUUCAUCUGCUACCGGAUCAAUGCCUUCACAUGGUGCAUUCCUCAAUCAAAGUAAGCCAGGACAAACGAUGGGCGUGAGUGUUGCGAUGAACCAAUACGGUCUCAUUACGCCAGCUUCCUCCAGUGCUUUCUCUCAAACUGGUCGUGGGCAAGCACCAUUUGUUUCACCAUUGAACAUUCCUGGAAGUUCGCAAAUGCAGCAAAUCAUGGAUCCUCAACGUAGUAUGGCAGAUGGGAACAUGAUGGCUGGUUCAUUCACCCCGCUUGAAUCACCUGCUAUCACACCUGCCAGUGUGUUUUCCAAUGUUGGCAGUACAGCAACAAGCGCAGACUUGUUCUCGCCAUUAACAUCACCUGCUUUGCAUCCUCAAAUGCAUUCACAUGACGGAAUGAUUGCUAUGCAAUUAUCUCCUUUCCAUGGACCUACACAAAUGAAAGGUAGAGGUAAAGGUCGUGGAAUUCCAGGUGCAAGUCCCAACACGAAUCCGACAAAGAGUAUUCCACGAAAGAAUCGAAGUACAACUGCUGAAGCACGCGCAAAUCGUGCACGAGCAAGUCCUAUCGUCAAGCCGACUGUUGGCUCCUCUACAUCCUCUACACAAACAAGAAAGCGUGGUGAAUCAGCUUCGGGUAGUAUGGCAAGCCCUCUUGGUCCAAAUGUUCCCGUUGUGUCAGGGAAUGGAAGUCGAAAUGGUUCAGCGCCAACCUCAAGACGCACUUCGCAGUCCGAAUCAAAUGAUGGAAAGCAAACACCACAAGCAUUCCCUCCUCUUUCGGCUGGUAGCAGAAGUGCAAAGCCAAUGGAUGCAUCGCCAAGUGAGACAGCCAAUUCUACCCCAUCUCCUAUUGAAAUGCCACCUCCGAAUGGCAAACCAAUGACGCCAAGUAGCGUAAUGGGAAUUCAAUCAAACCAGAAAAAGGGUGGAAAAGGAGAAGAUGGUAAGGUAAAUGUCAAUGGAAAAGGUCGCUCAAACAAAUCCAGCAAUGAAUCUGGAAAUGGCAAGCAAGUCUCAUUUGCAGAUUCUGGUUCUUUGCAAAAUAUUUUACCUGGCGGAUUAUCAAACCAGGAUCGUGAUUCAUGGGCUUCAACCAUGAAGUCAUCCGGAGGCGGCGGAUUAGAAUCACGUCGAACGUCGCACAAAGCAGCCGAGCAAAAGAGACGUGACAGUUUGAAAUUCUGUUUUGAUGAAUUACGUGGCAUGUUGCCCGCAAUCACUUUGGAUGAUGACGUUCCCGGUGGUUCAAUGUUAGGGCCUGAUGGUUACAUAGAAGAUCAAGAUGCGGAAGGAUUUGGGCUGGAAGAGGUUGGAGAUGCGGAAAGUGCAAGAAUUGCCAAUCGUGCAAUCAGCAAGGUAGCCCUAUUACGUCACAGUAACGAAUACUUAAUCCGUUUGAAACAUCGAAUGGGCAGACGUGAUAGAGAUUUGGCUUUAUGCAGAAGAGAGAUUAUGGAAUUGCGUUCGAGACUUGGUCUUCCUAUUCCGCCGGAAAUGCCUGCUUUGACUGCAAGUAUUGCAGGAGCUGCUGCAAGUAUGGGUCAUAACAUGAACGGUCUUCUUGGUUUAGAUCAAAUGGUUGAUCCUUCACAAAAUCCUCAUCAAGCUGCCAUCGUUGCUGCUUUGCAACAACACAUGCAAAAUCAUCAAAAUACUCAAAUCUUUCAAUCCGAUCAAUUGGCACCUUUUGGCCAUGUGAUGGGACAUUCAAAUUCGAUGGAUACGUCUUCAUGAACUACUUAAAAAUCAGAAAUUCCCAAAUUUGCGCCCAUUUACCCGAGACACCCCCUUAUUUCGUAUCACCUCUCUGGAUUUUUUCAAUGGUAAUAUAUUGUAUACUGCUAAAUGUUGCUUUUAUUAUAGAUAUGAAACC